GGUCGAUUUUCUUCUUCUCCUUUUUCUUUAUCGAGCAGAGGAUGAAGCGACCUCGUAGUAUUGAUACAACAGAAGAAGAAACCACCGGUCGACUUCAAGAAACGAGGCGUGACACUGAUAGCAUGUCAGAACUCGCAGCAUUGUCGUCACCACCACCAUCGUCGUCGUCGGUUGCUCAAGAUCAAGUAGAAGACACUGUGCAACAACAAAACGACGAAGUACAACAGCAACAGCAACAACAUUAUAAUCAACAGCAAGCCCAACAGCAGCAGCAACCGGUUCGUUUUGCGACCACCGCAUUAAUUCGACUUCACGCAUGCUACGAGAAAGCCAGUUAUCACCACGUUCUACACAGACACUACGCUAAACAAUUCGAUACAAGAAUGGUCAGAUUGUUGCACACAAUCAAUGAACUUGUUAAUAGCUAUGCAGCGAUGCGUACCCAACAACCUAACAUGACGCAAACAAGCGAUGCCCAUCGAUCUACUGCGCGGACAACAAUUGACCAAUUCGCUUCUCAAAUUCCAAUCGAAGCUACCUCGCUGAUGAAGGAUACAAUUAAAGUUAAGCUUAAUGAAGUGGAAAUCUACAAGGAAAUUUAUGAGCUCAUUGAUGCCUUGGAAAAGGACGGAUUGGCACCAUCAACGCAUCACAGGGUGUGAAAAAGAAGAAUCCUUACUGCUACACAUACACGCACAAACAGUAUUUGCUUAUAGUAUCGAUAGUACUUCUGUGUCCAUGUAGUACAUGCUAUCGAACAAUAAAACAGAUAGCCAUGAUGGUCAUCAGCAGCAACGAUAUCAUCACUUUCAAAAUGUACAAUCAUUGAUUUGAGCUGCUAAUCAACGUGAUGCAUGAGGGACAGCAUCAACUGCAAUGCAAAAUAAUUAUGCGGCGUGCAUGACGUGUUUGUGCUCAUCU